GCAUUGGGGAAAGAAAGAUUAGCGGGUCGAAAUCAAUAUCUGGGUUUAUGUUUAUUGAGGUUUGGCUGAGGAUCGAUGUGAGCCACAAGUUUGUAGGUAGUGUAUAUUGGCGGCGUGAGAGUUGAGCCACAAGAAUGUAAAGAGAUUGUGGCUCUUGUGGCUCAAGUGGACCUUGGUUUGGACGUCAAUUUAGUUGAGUUUUUGGUUGGAUUCAGUGUUUUUCCGAGCUUGUGGUGUCAAUGAAGCAUGCUUUCUACGUCAACGGGGGAAAUUUUUGGGCCAAAUGUGAAAGUGCAAGCAGGGGGAUGCAAGAGAGAUCGGGAUUAGCAGUAUAAUUUGAUGGGCUUAUGAGUUUAAAUCCAAGGAGGACGAAAAGUUUUGAUUUUGGGAAGUUCCUGAUCGAAGAAAUGGCGCUGCCCAGUUGAGUUUGGUUGGUUUCAGAGGCUCUGGGAUUGGGUUUUGAGGUAAGGUUGGUUAAUUGGUUGAGCAAAAAUCAUGAGUAAUUGUAUGACGUGGAAAGAGCGCGAGGGAUUCGAUCCUGGGUUCAAGCUGUUCGGAAAGACCAUCCCGGUUUGUCACAAGGACGAGAAGAAGCCGUCGGUGGAGCAGGAGCAGGAGCAGGAGCAAGAUCACGAGCACGAGCUCGACCCAAUUGUUGUGCAAUCCUCGUCUUGUGAACAGACCAAGGACAACGCAGGUGUUGAGGGAGAAGAGGAGGUCGGGAGCAGCGAAACGGAGGCUAAAAAGGAGGAGGCGGGCGGGCAGGCGGUGCUGAAGAAGCCCGAUAAGCUCCUCCCCUGCCCGCGGUGUGAAAGCAUGGACACCAAAUUCUGUUACUACAACAACUAUAAUGUGAACCAGCCUCGGCAUUUCUGCAAGAAUUGCCAGAGAUACUGGACCGCCGGCGGGUCGCUGAGAAACGUGCCCGUGGGGGCAGGGCGGCGGAAGAACAAGCAAUCCAUGGAGGUUUCGCCGCACCGCAGACAAUUGAGAUCGGCUCUUGGGUAUGGAGGCGAGGAUUAUGACAAUCCGAUCGCCUGUGGGCGGCCCCUGAAGCUCGGGCGCCCAACCAUUCAGAUCGAUGGGGCAACUGUGUUGAAUUUUGGGCCUGACGGGAAAACCCACCCGGAGCAGCAGAACAGGGAUGAGAUUUCAUGUGGGUCUUCUAUUACAGCCGAGAGGGAAGCUGCGGGUCAUAUGAAUACGCGGCGGCCCAACGGAACUGUUGCUGGGUGUCCUCCAGUACCUUUCUUUACAGGGCCAUGGCCGUACGGGUGGAAUGUAAAUGUCGGCGCCCCCCCUGGGCCUUGGGGGCCUAUGCCUUGGCCCAUAGUCCCCGGAACGCCCUGGGCAACAGGACCGUGGAUGCCUGCGCCAUGGCCUAUUGGGCCGGCUCCCAGUCCUGCUCCUGUUCCUGCUCCUGCAACUGUCAGUACUAAUAACCAGGCUUCUUCUGAUUGCCGGGGUAAGAGAGCAGCAGAUGCCUGCCUGUAUGUUCCCAAAACCCUAAGAAUUGAUGAUCCAGGCGAAGCCGCACAGAGCUCAAUUUGGGCAAGUUUAGGACUGGGAAGCACAGAAUGCAGCGCUUCAGCCUUCAAGGCCUUCAAGCCCAAGACAGAAGUCCAGUCUGCAGCGGCCUCACAUGCGCUCCGGGCCAAUCCUGCUGCCUUCUCCAGGUCAAUUUCAUUUCAGGAAAGCAAUUGAACAGGGGCACUGUUGUCCCUCCGGAACAAGAAUAUGUUUUCUCCCUUCUGCCAAAUGAAGAUGGAAUUUUGGGAGAACCCCAAUUGCUUGCCUCAAGUAUAUGCUUGAAUAUUAAGAAUUUUGGUGGCUGAUCCAGCAACCAACAGCCCUGUUUGUAGAUUACUUGCGUUUGGAUCCCAAACAGAAGUUGGGUACAUAUAUAUGUAUGUAUAUGCGAUCUGUGUACAGAUUCAGGCCUCUCUUUCACUUGUAUAGACUUUCAGUCUUCAAAGGGGUCAGCUUUUUCCAAUGAAUACAGAAAUUCGUGAAUUCA